AUGAAUCCUAUGCUUGCUUACCUGCUAUUUGGUGUGAUGCUACCCAUUUCUUUUGCUGAUGCUUUAAAUUUAAUUUUCUUCCACACAGAUACCUCUUCAACAGCAUCCUUUAAUUUUCUCCAGCAAAAUCAAGCACUGUCUUCUCAUUAUAAUUUAAGGCCCUUUAUAGAUUUUUAAUAGCAAUCCCUUUACUUAUUAAAAGGCUAUGUGAAUGUCAAUUAAAAAUUUGCAGUUAUUAAUCUGCAAUUUGGAUUUGCCAAUAUUAAAUUAUAAUUAUAAAAAAAAUUGGCAUCUUGUAGCUUAUUUUUUAAGUUAAAGCAUUGUCCUCAAAAGAGCAAUAAUGAAGUUAAAUCUAUAUUUAUACUCAGCGACAAAUUCUGACGAAUUAUUGGCUCUUUUUGAUUUAUUAGAAAAUCCAAAAAUUUUGAUUGACUUGGUUGAUGAUAGAGUUAAUCAUUAUGACUUAUCACAAUUGUGUAAAGAAUAUGAAGUUAUUCAUUUAGUUGUUGAAGACGACCUAAACUAUUUAACAGACUGAACUUUUUCUGGGUCGACAUCAAGGGUUAAUUAUUUAGAAUCACUGACCAUAUUAUUUGGCUAUUUUAAUUGGAGCCAAGGAAUAAUAUUCAAUUCGAACCAAAAUACCUUUAUUAAAGAUUAUUUGCUGGAUUUUUCGAAUAGUUUUAAAAAUGUUAUUACUGAACCAAACUCAAAUAUAAAUGACAUUGUUGGCAGAAUAGCUGUACCAUUGGGCUCUACAAUGUAUUAUAUUUUUGGAGAUGAAGCUUAUAGCUCUUCUAUCCAACAAGCUCUUAUUGAAAAAAAACUUGCCAAUGCUGGAAAUGGGAUCAUUUUAGGCAAAGAAAGCUAUUUUGAUCCCAUAAUUGCUGGGAGUCUUAUUAUCGCUGAAAAAAACCAAGAAAAUACGACUUCUAAAGAAAUUUAUAUUUCUACUGCAAUAUUAAAAAUUAUUAAUUUAAUUGACAGCUCGUUGGCUGCUGAUGAUCCUUAUCAAAUAAAAAUAACAUUGGAAAAAUCAUGCCUUAACCGCUUUUGCCAAAAUACUUUUUCAUUAGUGAAUUUUAUAAAUAACUCAAAGACUAUAGUUGGAAAUUUUAAUAAUACUAGCAUUUCCCUUAUUAGCGAAAUUAUUUUUCCAGGAAAUACAACAACUCCUCCUAUAUCUACCAAGAAAACUCUGCCUAUCAGUAUUAAUGCAGGAUCCACCAAUUAUGGCCAAGUGCCAUCUCCUAAUGUUCCGAUAUAUGCAAGAGGAACUUCACUUGCUAUCAAAUGGAUUAAUGAAGGCUUAGGAAUUCUUGAAAAUUUCCAAAUGAGUUUAUUCACUUAUGAUUGUGGAGCCACGAUUUAUGAUUCGACUUAUGGCUAUAAUUGUUUUUUAAAAGAUAUUGACAAAUUUGGCUUAACCCAUGUGUCUUCAUAUCCAUCGGGAGUUGUAUUAGGGACUCUUCAAACAUUUAAACGCUUAAAUACUACCGUUCCAAUCGUUAGCGCUGUUGCAUCAUCUGCAGCAUUAAGCUCAAUUUCAACCUAUCCAUGAUUUUCAAGAAUACAAGUUUCUACUAUAGGCUUAUCAUCUCAAACACCAAGUUUACUUAAAGCCUUAGGCUGGCGGAGUGCAGCAGUCUUAUAUCAAAACGAAACUUGGGGAAUUUCUACAUAUCUUGCAUUUCAGCAAGCUAUAGAAGAAGAAGGAGGAAUUACAGUCAUAAAAUCAGCAAUAAUACCUCCUGCUCUAACAAGAGAUCAAAUAAGCAACUACUCAUAUAUCUUGCAAGAAAUUCUUGACACUAAUGCAAGACUUAUAAUUGUAUUUAUGUACGAUGACUUAUUAGGGGUAAUAUUAGAAAAAUUUUAUGAUUUAGGAGCUAGGAAUGGUGACUUAAUAUUUUUUUCUAUAAUUGCUGCUGCUGUUACUGAUAUUGGAGCAAAAAAUGAUACUUAUAGGUACAAAAGAAUUGAGCUUGGCUGUCCUAUGAUGAUAUUUCAAAUGCCGGUUUGGGUAGGAGCAUUUGGAGAAAAGAUUUAUAAUGGCCUUGCAAAUGACUAUAAGACAGUUCCCCCUGGUCUUUCGUGUAAUUAUUUUGACUCUGCUUUUUUAAUAGCAAGUUCUAUAGAUUUUAUGAUAAAUAGAGGUCAAGAUUUUACAGAUGGAUAUAAGCUGAAUCAAACUAUUAGAAGUAUUAAAAUUAUAGGGUGCACUGGAAAAGUAGCCAUUUCGAAAGGUAGCAAUGAUAGAGAAUUGGAUGCUUUGAGCAUAGACAGUAAUAUUCUAAUAAACAAUACUCUCGAAGUUUAUCAUAUAGGGAUAGGCAGCCCUUAUAGCACACAAUAUUUAACUAUAGCGAACCCCUUUUUUUAUGACAUCAAAUAUACUGCAAUAAAGCCACCUGAUUUAAGAAACCAAGAUUUAAAAUGCCCUUUCCCAGAUUCAGAAAUUAAAACUUUUUAUAAAGGCAGAUAUCUUGUAUUCGGAAUUUGCUUUUUUAUGGCAUUAUCUACAAGUAUUAUAACUUUUUUUAUAUGAAAAAAUUGAUGGAAUGUAAAAAUAGAAUGCAUUUGGCAUUUUUGCUAAAUCGGGAAAUUUGGUAGACAUUUUUUUCUUGAAGGAAAAAUCGUCAAAUUUUGAUAAAAAUAAAAAAAAUAUGAACUAAAUACCCCGAAAAAUUGUCGUAUUAGUAAAAAGUUCGAGGAAAAAUAAUGCUCCUAAAUAGAAGACUUAAAAGAAAAGUAUGAAAUUUCAUUUGAAGAUUUCAUAGUAGGGGCGACCAUUGCUAUUGAAUUUUUCCAAUAUCUAGCUAUGGGCCCUGACUUAGACCCGAUUAAUAGUUUUUUAUGAGACAUUGGGGAGGCUCUCUCAUUGAACCUUGGAAAUUUUAUAAAAUUGACUAAUGGAGUAUUCUGAAUUGUUUGUGAUGCAGUAUUAGGGUUAUCCGCAGCCUGGAUAAUUUUAUGUAUCACUGUUUUUUAUAGGCUUGAUGAAAAAUAUAACCAUAUCUUUAUUUUUAGAUUUUUAGGUCAGCUUGCCGAAUUUCUAAUGCCGAUUUUGGGAAACUUAUGCUUUAUUCCCUUUGUUUCUAUACUAUUAGAUGUAUUCGUAUGUGAUGAGUCAAUAGGAAACCGUUUCACUGAUUCUUUCCUUGCAAAAGAUUGUUAUCAGUUUUGCUGGAAAGACAGCCAUAUAGUUUAUGCAAUUUUAUCUGGGAUUGCAAUUUUAAUUUACGAGCCUUUAGCUGUCUUUUGCAGGCCUCUUUGGCAGGAAUUUCAACCAGUUUUACAUGUAAAAACGUUGCCUUUAUUUCUUAUGGUAAAAACAAUAGCUCAAAUUGUGCUAAUUGUUCUCAAUAAAACAGUAAAAAGAGCAGAAGCAGCGACUCAUGGUUUUUUAUUUUUGCUUGCAUUGCUUUUAUAUGUUAUUUUUAUAUUCAAAUAUAAGCCAUAUAAUUAUCCAAGAUUCAGCUGGUGGCAGGGAGUGAGCAUCGUAGGAGUUAUGUGGCUAGGCUUUAUAGCAACUAUUAGUAUUUUAUUAAAUAACAGUGGGUUUCCUUGAAUCGCUUUACUCCUCAGUUGAGCGAGAAAAGCAAUUAGAAAUAUCAUAAUUUUCACCCUUUUAUAUAUAAGUGGCAAAUGUAUAAUAAAAGCAAUGGGUAAUUUUGAUAGAUUUUAAAUAAAGCAUAACUUAUAAUUAAAUUGAAUGUUUUAAAUUUUUAAAUUGGCAUUUCAUAAUAAUAAAAUGGCUACUAAGGAAGCGGUUUUCAACAACGACCCUUUUUCGUCCGCAAUUUUAUUAUUACAGGGUCCACUUUUCCACGCAGAUCUUUAUCCAAUAUGCCAAUAUGGAAUUAUCACACAGAGUAAUUCAGUUGCCCAAGGAUACUUUGAAGACAUAUGAUUUUGACUGACUAGCAGCCUAUUGGGGAUUGACCUUAGGCCGAACACUGGCUAGAACUAGGCUCUUACUCCCCCCCCCCCCUCCGUGAGCGAACAAAAAAAUUUUGUUCGCUCACGGAGGGGGGUUAAUUUUUUUUUUUAAAAAAAAUUUAUAUAUAAAUUUUAUAUAAAAAAUAUUUUUCGAAAUUUAAAAAAAUCCUAAUUUGCAAAAAUUGGGAAGCAAAUAUUAAUUUAAUUUGCAAAAUUUAUGUUUUAAAACGCAAUUUGUUUAAAAUUAAACAGAAUUAGCUCUAGAUUUCAUUAUACUAAUUAUCACUUAUAUAUCAAAAUUUUUUUCCAUUAAAAUUUUUUCUAUUAAAAAAAUUUUUGUUCACUCACGGAUGGUGGGUUUUUGGUCAAAAAAUGGCGAUUUUUCUAAUGGUUUUGUUCGCUCACGGAGGGGGGGGGGGGAGUUAGCGAGAUCAAAUAAUUGUAGGUUUUAAAGCAUUUAAAAAUUUAAAUAACUAGUUGCAAAAAAUUGGGAUUUCUUUUUUCCGAAAAAACAAUUAUAUUCUUAUUGAAAGCGAGUAAAUAUUUGGGGAGCUAGUAAUUGCUGGAUGAACUAUUAUUUUGACUAUUGGAUUUUAUGUACAAAAGAAAAAAUAUCCAAGUCUGUUAUACAAAAAGCAAGGAAAAGAUACAAGCAUUCUCUUUAAAUUUGCUUUUCAAGUUGGGAGUAAAUCGAAAGUUAACGCACACGUAUUUAAUAACAUGAAAAAGUCGUCGAAAGUAGAACCAUCUUCUUUAAACGAUAGCUAA